CAAAAACAACAAUGGCGCCAGUAUCCAAACUUUGAAAGAUAUCAUCGGAAAUCUCAUGUUUACAAAAGAAACAUUCAAUUAGGCAGAGCGUUGCAACAUCGUCCACUAACCUACACAAUAAACCAUGAUUCACAGUGUGCAUGUGAGACAGAAUGGCGGCAACGAUUUCGAAACCUAUUACGACCACCUGUGUGCACUACAGGACAGCGUGCCGGUUGCCGCGGUGAAGGCCCAUCUGUCGCAGGGAGUUCUCGACAUCAACGCUGACCGAAUCAGAGCCAAUGACUGGCAGCCUAUAUUGAAUACUCUACGUAUUAACAAGAGCCUUGACUUCGUCGCUGUCCGCAGUUACUUUCAGCCAUUCGGAGAUGAAAAUGAAAAGCGAGCGGCAAUCCAGAAGCGAAAGACGCCGGCCAUUCGUUCAAAGGAGAUUACGUACCGGCUGUGUAAGUCUCUCCACGACUGUCUGCUCGUGUCGUCCAGUCUGCGCUGUCUCGAGCUGCAGGGGAUUCCGCUCCGAGACAGAGACCUAGGGAUACUUGUCAAGGAUCUAACGAAAAACAUAUCGCUGAAUCACUUGUCACUGGAAUACUGUCGUUUGGGAGAUUCUGGUUUAGAAGUUGUCUGUAAGGGAGUUAGGAAUGCGACGAACAUCAGUUCAGUGAACUUCACAGGCUGCAGUCUCACGUGGCGUGGAGCCGAAUGUCUUGCUCAGGUUAUCAAGCACCAGGCCAUGAAGCGUCACAGUGAGGCGUGGCGAGACAGUCUGCGGUACCGCCGUCCUGACCUCGACCGCAUGUCGGGCCUGCGCCGGAUCAUCAUCAACAACAACCCCAUGCUAGACGACCAGGGUGCGUGUAUCCUCGCCGAGGCCUUGAAAGACGACUUGUGGCUCAAAGCACUUGACCUUCAGGCAUGUGGGAUUUCUACAAAAGGGGCCCAGACGUUGAACGAAGUCCUUAAAUACAACACAACACUCGUUGUCCUUGACCUUCGCAAAAACCCAAUGAUUGAUCGUAAUGUGUUGCACAGCAUUCUGGAACAGCUGAUGGUCAACAGCAAUGGUCAGGACACAGAGUACAAGUGGAUCAAAGCAGAAGAACCGGUCGAUCCAGGUAAAAUGCGAGCACGCAAACGAACGCGUGUGCUCAAUCACAGCGUCGCCAAGAAAGCAACAAUCAGGAUCAGCCAUGGGUCAGGCCGAAGACGAAUGAAAGUGGCAGGGACACCAACAAACACUGUCGCCGUCACCCCCGGUUACCCCUGGAGGACUGCCGCUCGGGCUAAUAGAUACCGUGGAUUUCCACCUGACCACAUUCCUGGUAUGCUGAACCUUGAUGAACUGAGUGAGAACGAUUCCACAUUCCCGACCGCCCCGACCCUCACACAUCCGUCAGUGAUAAUAAACCCAGACGAGAGCACGCUAAACGAAACAGAGACAUUCCCAGAUUUGAAAAUGUUGGACCUGAGCGGCUUGUCAAUAGAUGAAGCACAGUUGAAGGAAUUGAUGCUGAGUAUAGAGAACAAGCGACUAAGCGCUGCCAACGCCCGGCUCAAUCAGCUGGUUCUGCUCAGUUCUGAAGAUCCCAAGAUGCUGGCGAGUAUCGAAGCAUCGUUCAAGCAGUUCCACACGUUCCUAGACAUGUUAGAAGAAGCUGGACUGGGACAGCUGAUAACAAUGGCGGGACUAGAUCAGAGCCAGAUUCCAUUUUCCACUCUCUGUAAUGGACCCGCGUCCGACGUCAUGUCGGAAGGACCGCAGAUUGCCUCGCGUCAGAACAACGGCAUGAUGAUGUUCGACAGCCACAGCAUCGCUCGACACAUCAACAACUUCUCGGGCGUCAGCGAGAAGAGUUUCGCAAAUGGACUGGGCAGCAGGAUAGGGAACAGGGCGGCAGCUGGUACAGAGGGGAUAUUUUCAAGCCCUGUGGUUGCAGGGAGUAUUUAUGGGUCUGGAGUGGGGAGCAAAGGAGCAGGGGGAGGCGACACGAGGUACCCGGGGACGUCGAUGUCGUUUGGAUCAUUUGAAGAGGAGUCGCCGCUGGUGUUCGCUUCAGGUGUCACAGACAGCAACAUCCGUCCCUCGAACCGGAACGUCAAAGACCCCACGAUGAAGUAUGUAGACCUUGAGGAAACUGCUGAACUAGGUGGGAAGAAACCCGACGACUUGUAUGAGCGAUUGUUACGGGACACGAGCGGAGUCUUCAGUCACACGGGUCCUGGGUUCGAAGCUCCACACCCCUCACCUAUCAAACCAACAAACAUCUCGAUGUUUGACGAUGUAAAGGAGGGUGUUACCGAUGGCAGCGAGCAACAAGUAAACAUGUCGAAGGAUGGAGUCGAAACGCGAUUAGGACAAACGGAUGGAAAGAUGGUGGACAGAACUGAAGCUAAUGAAGGGCAAGCUGUUAAAACUUCAAAGGCCGUGGAGAGUAGACGUCAGGCAGAGAUCAACGUCGGUGACCACUCUGAUCCGAACACGACUCACGAGCGAGGGUCUCCAGACCAGCGUGCGUCACGCAUGAGUGACUUCAACUACAGCAUGGACAGCUUCGACCAGUCGUACGUCAGUGAACGCGGUGAAGUUAUUCACCUGGGGGACGAGUUUGAUCUACAGGGAAGUUCCGCAUCACCUCCCCCACAGAUUGUUCUCAGUGAAGAAGAUAUUUAGAAUGUGAACUAUUUAACAUCAAUACAAUAUUGUUACGAUUGUUCUCAGUGAAGAAGAUAUUUAGAAUGUGAACUAUUUAACAUGUUAGAAGAAGAUAUUUAGAAUGUGAACUAUUUAACAUCAAUACAAUAUUGUUACGAUUGUUCUCAGUGAAGAAGAUAUUUAGAAUGUGAACUAUUUAACAUGUUAGAAGAAGAUAUUUAGAAUGUGAACUAUUUAACAUCAAUACAAUAUUGUUUCGAUUGUUCUCAGUGAAGAAGAUAUUUAGAAUGUGAACUAUUUAACAUCAGUACAAUAUUUUUAACAUUGUUCUCUGGGAAGAAGAUAUUUAGAAUGUGAACUAUUUAACAUCAGUACAAUAUUUUUAACAUUGUUCUCUGGGAAGAAGAUAUUUAGAAUGUGAACCUUUGAACACCAAUACAGUAUAGUUAAUGUGAACUAUUGACACCAAUACAGGGCUUCUAGAUUAUGGUAGCCCCACUCCCAUGGCUAGUGAUAUUCAGUGUUGGGCUAGUAAAUAACUACUAUAAUUGCCAUGCCUGACAGGGCUUCUAGA